AUGCCUCUCUAUGGAGGCGAUCACGCUUCCGAGAGAGUCGGGGCUGAUGCUCCCUUACUCCUCAUUCUCCUCCUGCUGCCAUCCCCGGACAACUCGUCCAGCUCUCUCCUUACCAGCGCCAAUGCCCCAGCCACGGACGGUGACGGUCUCGACGGGCUGAACAUGCUCAGUGAUCGGGCACUAGUAGUGGCAGACUUGCUUGUUGUCGAGGAAACAGUCGCAGUCGUCGAGGAAGCGCUGGUUGUGGAGGCCUGGCUUGCACUUGAUGAUGUGGUAGCAGACUUGCUUGUCGUGCCGGUGCUUGUCGUGCCGGUGCUUGUCGUGCCGGUGCUUGUCGUGCCGGUGCUUGUCGUGCCGGUGCUUGUCGUGCCGGUGCUUGAAGUAGACGAUGCCUUUGAAGAAGUCGAGGACGUCGUCACAGUCGACGAGCUUGAUUGCGAGGUGGUACCUGUGCUUGAGGCGGUACUUGAGGAGGUACUACUCGUCGAGGCGGUCGUAGCCUUGCUUGUGGUAGACGUGGUACCUGAGGUUGUGCUGCUCGUCGAGGCGGUUGUAGCCUUGCUUGUGGUAGACGAGGUGCCCGAUGUCGUACCACUUGUCGAGGCGGUCGUAGCCUUGCUUGUGGUAGACGUCGUACCCGAGGUGGUACCACUCGUCGAGGCGGUCGUGGCCUUACUCGUUGUAGACGAGGUGACUGGGGUGGUGGUAGCUGUGGAUGCUGUCGUGGCCUUGCUUGUCGUAGAUGUGCUACCUGAGGUGGUUGCGCUCGUCGUGGCUGUCGUGGCGGUCGUGGCGGUCGUGGCGGUUGUGGUGGUUGUGGCGGUUGUGGCAGUCGUAACCUUGCUUGUCGUAGACGAGGUGCCCGAGGUGGUGCUCUUAGUUGUUGAUGAGCUUGAAGGGCUGACAGUGGACGAUGAAGUGCUUGAUCUGCUAUUGCUGGAGGUGACUGACGUGGUCGACGUUGCAGCUGGAGUAGAAGAUGUAGUGGUGGAGCUCUUCACUGACGAAGUUGAUGUAGUUUGUGUUGUACCGCUUGCCGAGGUCGUCUUAGUCGUGGCAGGUGUGGUCGUUGUCUGCGCGGAGGUAGUUGUCAAUGCGGACGUUGUGGAGGUGGAUGAUGUGCGGGCCGUAGAUGAGGUGGUAGCAGUCACUGAGGUCUUGCUUGAGCUAGUGCUUGAGACAGUGCUUGAAGUCUUGGUCGAAGUCGUUCCCGAGCUGGUUGUGCCUGUGCUAGUUGUGCCUGAGCUGGUAGUCUUACUGGUUGAAGAGGUGGACGGGGUGCUGCUACUGCUGCUCGUGCUCUUGGACGUUGUGGCUGUCGAUGUGGCCGUGGAAGCUGUAGUCCUGCUUGUUGUGGACGAGGUACUAGCUGUGGACGAGGCGCCUGUGGUGGAAGAUGUAGGAGCAGUCGUUGUCUUGCUCGUCGUGGUCGAGCUCUUCAAAGAGGUGCUCGAGGUACUAGCUGUGGACGAGGCGCCUGUGGUGGAAGAUGUAGGAGCAGUCGUCGUCUUGCUCGUCGUGGUCGAGCUCUUUAAAGAACUGCUGGAGGUCGACGAUGUAGGAGCGGUUGUCGUUUUGCUUGUUGUAGUCGACGUCUUUAAAGAGGUGCUCGAUGUAAGAGUGGUCGUCGUUUUGCUUGUAGACGUGCUCAAAGAGCUGGUGCUCCCAGUAGAGGACGAAGUAGCCGUUGUCGCUUUGCUCGUCGUAGUUGAAGUGCUUACUGUGGACGAGGCCUUAGUGGUCGACGAUGUAGGCACCGUUGUUGUUGUCUUGCCUGUCGUGGUCGAGGUCUUCAGAGAGGUGCUCGAGGUAGAAGAGGUAGGCACCGUUGUGGUUGUCUUGCUCGAAGUGGUCGAGGUCUUCAGAGACGUGCUCGAGGUAGAAGAGGUAGGUGCCGUUGUUGUCGUCUUGCCUGUGGUAGUUGAGGUCUUGAGAGAGGUGCUCGAGGUAGAAGACGUCAGAGCCGUUGUCGUCGCCUUGCUCGUUGUCGAGGAUGUAGGCGCCGUUGUCGCUUUACUCGUCGUGGUGGAAGUGCUUACUGUGGAGGAGGCCUUGGUGGUGGACGACGUAGGAGCAGUUGUGGUUGAGGUCUUCGCGGAGGUAGUGCUCGUGCUUGAACGUGUGCUCGAAGAGACAGACGAGGAAGAGCUUGUGGAAGCUGUGGAGGCGGUGGUGCUCGAUCGUGUACCUGUGCUAGUUGAAGCAGUGGUUCCGGUGGUCGCGGACUUUGUCGUUGAUGUUUUAGUGCUGCUUGUUGACGCUGUCGGGGUAGACGUUGUCACCGAUCGGGAUGAUGAUGACGAGCUAGUUGAGGCCGUGGUAGAUUUCGAUGUCGUCGAGCCGGUUGUGAUAGACGUGCUCUUGGAGGAAGUGCUUGUGGUCCGUGAAGUGGGGGUCACACUUGUUGAGCCAGUAGAAGAAGAGCGAGUAGAUGUGGAGCUUGCACUAGUCGUUGGUGCAGACGAGGUCGAACUUGUACUCAACUUAGUAGUCGUUACAGAUGUAGUGACUGACGAUGUUGAUCGCGACGAUGUCGAGGUACCGGUAGUUCCUGAGGCCGUGCGAGAUGAGGUUGUUGUAGCGGGCGUGGUCGUGCCUGUUGAGGACCUCGAACUUGCUGACGAUGUGCUGCUGCUUGAUGGUGUGGUCAUACUCUUCGAGCUGGUCGUUCCAGUACUUGACUUAGUGCUUGUAGUCGCGGACGACGAUGUGCUAGUCUUCAAUGUCGUCGUUGACGAGGCUGUUCCGGUUGUCGAUGAGCGUCCCGUUGUGGAGGAGGUUCGUGUCGUGACCGAGGUACUUAUUGUGGAUGAAGCUGUACCUGUCGUGCUUGAGCGACUGCUUGUUGAACCCGUGCUCGUUGUGACCUUCGAGCUACUCGAGCUGGGACUUGUGGUCGCAGAUGGACUCGUGGUAGUAGAAGUUGCGGUCACAGACUGGCUCGUUGUACUCUUUGAGCUAGUUGUCGAUGUGGAAGCGGUGCUCUUCGAUGUCGUCGAGCUGGCAGUUGUGGUCGCGGUUGGACUUGUCGUGCUCUUUGAGCUAGUCUUCGAGCUAGAAGUGGUGACUGAAGUUGAGCUGCUUCCCUUCGUGGUCGUACUCUGGGAUGUCAUCGAAGAAGUGCUUGCCUUCGAGGUCGUGCUCUUUGAAGUUGUUGAGCUACUGCCCGAGGUCGACGGCGUGCUCGUGGCCGACGAUGUUGUCACUGAAGUCUUUGAAGUCGUGCUGGUCACGGUGCUCGAGGGUUUUGAUGUAGUGGCGGAUGAACUUGUCUUGGUUGAAGUCGUGGAAACUGAAGUCGUCGAUAGGCUAGUGCUAGACUUGGUCGUCGAAGAAGUCGAAACAGUCGAAGCUGUUGAGCUUGUGACAGAGCUUGUGGACCGAGUCGCCGUUGAGGAGGGGGUAGUGGUAAUACUCUUCGAAGUAGAGCUCGAGGUCUUGCUUGUGCCCGUCGAGGUUGUACCUUUUGUUGUUGACGAGACCACCGUAGUGCUGGAGGUUGCCUUCGUAGUAGAGACAGUACUAGUAGCAGAUGAGCUUGACGUGCUACUUGUGGGCUUCGAUGUAGUUGACGAAGAUGUCCUAGUGCUGAGGCUAGAUUUGCUUGUUGAGGAAGAGGAGGUAAUCGAAGUACUACUUGUCUUGGACUGGGUAGAAGACGAUGUUGGAAUUGUCGUUCGUGACACUGUAGUACUUGACGUCGUCGCCUUCGAGGUCGUUCCGGUCGUGGACUUAGUUUCAGUCGUGGAACUUGACUUAGUGGAGCUCGAACUUGAUGUAAGACUAACGGAGGUCGUGCUGGUUGGCCGGGAAGAUGAUGAAGAGCUAGUGCUCUUGCCACUUGUUGUUGACACAGUCGAUGCACUUGUGGUUGUCUUGGAGCCUGUCGUAGUGGCGCUCGUAGUCGCAGACGAAGACUUAGUCGAAGACGUACCAGUCGUGCUGGAUGCAGUUGAUGACGCUUUAGUAGUCGCAGUAGAAGUCUGCGUGCUGCUUGACUUGGUCGUUGAUGAAGACAACGUCGAUGUUGAACGAGUGCGGGUCGAAAGUGUGGUCGCGGUGGACGUAGUCUUUGUUGUCGACGAUGACGUCGCCGCAGAUGUAGUUGUGCUUGUGGCGGUGGCUGACUUCGAGGUUGUAGAAGUCUUACUUCCGGUUGUAGUUGUGGACGCUGUCGUCCUGCUGGCGCUCGAGGUAGUCAAGGAGGUUGUAGACUUGCUUUGGCUGGAAGUGGUCGACACUGUCGGGCUGCUGCUGGACGACUUGGUCGAUGUGGUUACAGUUCCACUAGCAGAUGUGGUCGCAGUAGUUGUGGACUUAGUUGUGCGAGUCGAUGGGGUGGUAGUGGAGGACUUCGAGGUAGUGGCAGUGGUGCCCGAGGUUGUAGUCUGCGAUCUGCUUGAUGUCGAAGUUGACGAUGCAGAAGAUGACGCCUUCGAGGUAGUGGCAGUGGUUCCCGAGGUGGAGGGAGUGGUGGACUUGCUUGUGCUUGAAGUACUGGACCCUGUCGUCUUGCUUACAGUCGAGGAAGUCGAGCUAGUGGCCUUUGAAGUACUAGUGGUCACUUUUGUGGUAACUGAAGAGGAUGUACUAAUGCCUGAGGUUGUAGCGCUCUUCGAUGUAGACGCAGUAGUUGUUGAUGACGUCGUCUUUGAAGUGCUCGCUGUUGAUGUAGGUGAGCUGGUUGAUUUCGAAGAAGUGCUCUUCGAAGUAGAGGCACUGGUUGACGAUGAGACUGUCUUUGAAGUGCUCGCCGUUGAUGUAGGUGAGCUGGUUGAUUUCGAAGAAGUGCUCUUCGAAGUAGAGGCACUGGUUGACGAUGAGAUUGUCUUUGAAGUGCUCACAGUCGAUGUAGGGGAGCUAGUGGAUUUCGAUGUGGAUGCAGUGGUAGGCGAUGAGCUGGAGCUGCUUCCAGUUGUUGAUCGACUCGAAGUGCGUGUACUCAUCGUUGUGGGAGAGCUCGUUGUGCUAGCUGUCGACUUGGUCGUGGAAGAGGCUGCUGUAGUACUGGUCUUUGACCCGGUUGUUGUGCUUCCUGUAGAGCUGCCUGUCGACUUGGUGGAUGUUGAUUUGGUUGUAGAGCUUCCUGUUGUAGUAGUGCUUGACUUGACCGUGGAUGAAGCGCUCGAGGUACCUGAGGUGGAUGAUUUGGUAGUGGAGCCUGAGGACGAGCUUCCUGAAGAGGUCGUUGUUCCAGCGCUUGUGGACGCUGUUGUGGUCUUAGCAGAGCUGGUAGUCGACUUUGUGGUUGAGGAGACAUUUGUAGUUGAGCUAGCAGCACUUGUCUUUGAAGCAGAGGUUGUGGUAGUCGCCUUUGAUGUCGACGAAGUCGAAGUGCCAGAAGUCGAGCUCUUUGAUGACGUUGGACUGCUUGUCACAGUAGCAGUCGUCUUUGUCGACGUGCUGCUAGAGGAUGCUCUCGUUGUUGAGCCUGUCGUCGAGCCUGUAGACGAGGCUUUGGUCGUCGAGCCUGUCGUUGUACCCGUGGUGGAUGAUCCUUUAGUUGUCGAGCCUGUCGUAGACGAUGCUUUCGUUGUUGAGCCAGUUGUCGAGCCUGAUGUAGAUGAUGCCUUAGUUGUCGAGCCUGUGGUGGACGAUGCUUUCGUCGUUGAGCCAGUCGUCGAGCCUGAUGCCUUGGUUGUUGAGCCUGUUGUAGAUGAGGCCUUGGAGGUCGAGCCUGUCGUGGAGGACGAGGCCUUGGUGGUCGAACCUGUCGUAGAGGACGAGGCCUUAGUUGUCGAGCCCGUCGUAGAUGACGAGGCCUUCGAGGUUGAGCCUGUCGUAGAGGACGAGGCCUUAGUUGUCGAGCCCGUCGUAGAUGACGAGGCCUUCGAGGUUGAGCCUGUCGUGGAUGACGAGGGCUUGGUCGUUGAGCCCGUGGUCGAAGACGUUGCCUUGGUGGUCGAACCCGUGGUCGACGAUGCUUUAGUAGUCGAGCCUGUGGUCGAGGAAGUCGAGGCCUUAGUGGUGGAGCCCGUGGUUGAGGAGGCCUUGGUAGUCGAGCCUGUGGUCGAGGAAGUCGAGGCCUUAGUGGUGGAGCCCGUGGUUGAGGAGGCCUUGGUAGUCGAGCCUGUGGUGGAGCCCGUAGUCGAAGACGAAGACGCUUUGGUGGUAGAGCCUGUAGUCGACGAUGAGGCUUUAGUGGUUGAGCCUGUGGUCGUAGACGACGAGGCUUUGGUGGUUGAGCCCGUAGUAGAGGACGCUUUGCUGGUUGACCCAGUAGUCGACGAGGCUUUGGUGGUCGAGCCUGUAGUAGAAGACGCUUUGCUGGUUGACCCAGUAGUCGACGAGGCUUUA